AUGCCACCAGUUUGGUUUAAAUUGAGGAAAUCACUGCAAUGCAGAUCAAAGCCAUCAGAUGUUUAUGAUCCAAAGCCAAAGAGCAAUGGCAACGGCAAACAGUUGACAAUAGAAGCAAGCAGGUCUGGGCGUCCGAGGACGAGUUCGAAUCUCGAUGAUCUCAUCCAUGGAAGCAAGAGGCACUUGAUGGAAAAUCAACCGAAUGGUAGUCCAAGGUCUAGUAGGAGUGAUUCAACUUGUAAACUUAAGGAUACUAUUAGGAGUGGGCGCCCUAUAGUGCCCCAUAAAAGCCCGAAUGGCAGCACAUCCAUCUCUGUGAUAAAGGCACCAAACAGCCUUUCCAGGAUGGGAGACUCUCCAGUUCAGGAUACCCCUACAAGCCCUAAGGCUGUUUUUGGGACAGAUUCAUCCUCAAGUUUUAUUUGUCAUGAAUGUGGUCAAGAAUUUGCAAAGAGGGAAGCUGUUGAAGCACAUCAUCUCUCCAAACAUGCGGUCACUGAACUAGUAGAAAAAGAUUUAUCUACGAAGAUUGUAGAGAAAAUCUGUCAAAAUAACUGGUCAAAAUCUGACAACAAUUAUGGGAACAUAGACAAGAUUUUGAAGGUCCACAACAUGCAAAAGACACUAGCUCAGUUUGAAGAAUAUAGAGAAAUGGUGAAGAUGAAGGCAAGCAAACUGCUCAAGAAACAUACGCGUUGCCUGGCCAAUGGGAAUGAGCUAUUAAGGUUCUAUGGUGCAUCUGUUGAAUGCUCCUUCGGAUCAAAUGGCUCGUAUGCCCUAUGUUCAUCACAUAAAUGUUGCCUGUGUGGGAUCUUAAGACACGGGUUCUCCAUGGGAAAGGAAGCACUCAAUGGUGUGAUGGGUGUUUUCACUAGUUCCACAUGUGCAGUAGCAUUGGAAACUAUCAAACAAUUUGAUGAUGAUAGUCCAUCUAUGAGGAAGGUUUUGAUAGUAUGCAGAGUAAUUGCUGGAAGAGUCCAUAAACAUAUGGAGAAGUUUCAAGAAUUAGCUGAUCAAACAGGGUUCGAUUCCGUAGCUGGAAAAGUAGACCUCUCUUCAGAUAUUGAAGAACUCUAUUCACUAAACCCGAGAGCUCUCCUUCCUUGCUUUGUGGUGAUUUGCAUACCCUGA